AUGGACAUCCAAUUCAUAUUAGACCCUUUUGCGUGCGCAGUAUAUAUUGUUGACUAUAUUAACAAGGCUGACCGAGGGAUGUCUCGUCUUUUGCGUGAAGCUUUGGACGAAGCUAAAAAAGGAAAUAAAAGUGUUAAAGACUCAUUAAGAAUAGUAUCUAAUGUAUUCUUAAAUUCUAGUGAGAUCUCUGCUCAAGAGGCAAUUUAUGUACUGACUGGUUUACCACUGUCACGAGCUAGUGAAGCUGCAAUGUACAUAAACACUAGUUUGCCACAAGAGCGAGUGCAUAUUUUAAAAAGUUACCUUGAUUUGCAAAGCCUCGAACCUGAUUCUUCCGAUAUAUUCCAAAAGGGUAUUAUUGAUUAUUAUUCAAAACGACCACUAUCGUUAGAAAACAUAAGUCUUUCCCAUUUUGUAGCAUAUUACACCUAUUCCAAAAAAACUCAUUCAGCUAGUUCAAUAGAAACUCUCAAUGACAGUUCUCAAGCAAUUAAUUAUUCCCAGGCUGUUGAAGAAGUUGAAGCGGAAGGGAAUUGGAUUCCUUUGCAAGAUAAUUUAGGAUACAUACGGAAAAGAACUAAAACUCGAGUAAUACGAUUUCGCCGGUACAGUUACAUUGAUGAUCCAGACAAUUUCUAUAGGGAACAGAUAAUGCUAUACAUCCCUUGGCGAAGCGAGGAGGAAGAAUUACUAAAUCCCAACAUAAAUAUAAAGGACAUAUUUGACGAGUAUAAAGAAAGAAUAAAGGCCGAAAGUAAACAAUUCAAUAAACUAGGUGAUGCUGAAAUGUUUGAAACAUUGCUAACAGAAAUAAGAAAUGUAGAAUUAAUAAACGAAGAAGAAGAUUUGCAAGGAAGAGGAGUCAACGUGGAUGUAUUUGAAGGCUUUGAAUUUGAGACGCAAACAGUAGAUAUAGCAGAAGAACUCAUUCCAGGCGGUAAUCCCGGGCCGCAAUUGUGUGGUGACCCCUCAACUUUCAUUGCGCAACCACCUGUCUUGUCCCAUGACGAUUUUUUGAUUCUUACUAGAAAACUAAAUGAUGCUCAAAGAGACACGUUGUUUCAUAUUUAUCAACACUUUUCCAUUACUUCUCCACAUCCACUAUAUUUAUUUAUCAGUGGUGGGGCUGGCGUUGGCAAAAGUAUUCUGAUUAAAGCAAUUUAUCAAUGCCUAACUCUCUUAUUUAACAGAGAAGCUGGUAGUAAUCCCGAUGAAUUAAAAAUACUUUUAACAGCUUUUACCGGUAAAGCUGCAUUCGGAAUAGGAGGGCAAACAAUCCAUAGCGCACUUGGACUUCCAGUGUCUCAAGCGGGCAAUAUUUUACCAGAGCUGUCACCAAGUGUGGCCAAUACUCUGGCCACAAAACUAGCAAAACUACGUUUAAUUGUAAUUGAUGAAAUUUCAAUGCUAGGAUCCAGGACAUUCCAUCAAAUAAAUCGUAGACUUCAGCAAAUAUUUCAUUCUUCUACCUUCUUUUCUGGAAUUUCAGUGAUAGUAGUUGGAGACUUCAGACAAUUACCACCUGUUGGCGACAACUGGGUGUUUCAAGCUAAUUCUCGAAAUCCUUUAGCAGAAAUAGCAGGUACGCCGCUUUGGGAUUUAUUUGUACUGACAGAGCUUAAAGAAAUAAUGCGUCAAAGGGAUGAUGUUGCCUUUGCCACGGCAUUAAAUAAUAUGGCUAGUGGAUGUAUGUCACCUGAAGAUGUCAAUUUAAUUGAAGGUCGGUGCUUUAGUAAAUCAUCACUUCCAGACACGUGUAAGGGCGCAGUUCAUCUAUUCAGCAGUAACCGAGAAGUUGAUGGGCAUAAUUCUAAAAUACUCUCAAAUAUGACUACCGAAGGAGCGAUAUCCCGGGCUGUGGAUAGAGUAAGUGGCGAAGCUAAUCCUGCUAUGAAAGAAAAAGCUCUAAACACAGUUGCCAAGUUACCCACGUCUCAAACCUACGGAUUACCUAAUGCUAUAACUUUAAAAAUCACGGCUAAAUAUAUGAUGACAGUAAAUAUUAACACGUCAGACGGACUAGUGAAUGGAACCACGGGGGUACUGACUGCGAUUGAUUUUGCAGUCAAUCCAACUACCGGUGAGAGAAGACCAUUACGCAUUUGGAUAUGUUUCGAUGACGUAAAUAUAGGCAAAUUAAAAAGAAUUCAGAGCUCAACAUCCCUCACUCGUUAUCAAACACGGCUAAAAAAUAAUUGGACUCCAAUAGAGCCAGUUACGUACACUGUGAAAAGGUACAAAUCUUCAAACUUACAAGUGCGUCGCAGUCAAUUCCCAGUAGUUCCCGCUGAAGCUGUUACUAUACAUAAAAGUCAGGGUUCCACCUUAGAAAAAGUUGUAGUACAUUUAAAGCCCAAUAUUUUAAGAUCUAUGUUAUACGUCGCCUGCUCACGUGCCACUAGCUCAAAAGGUUUAUUCAUUGUUACCGAGACCUUUCGUCCUCCACGUCCACCAUCUGAGCAUGAUUCCGUCGUAACGGAAAUGCGAAAAUUAAAAUUAAAUCCCCUGAUUCCCAUAUAUCGCUUUUUAAGAGAGCCCCGCAGUUCCUGCCAAAUUAUGUUCCAUAACGUACAAUCUCUACGUAAACACUUGCAGGAUGUAGUAACCGAUCCGCAGACGAUGGCAUGCGACAUUUAUUUAGCCGUAGAAACUUGGAGUUGCCUUCAAGAUUUAUUCAAUAUGAAUAAUUUUGAAGAAAUAGUUCGAACAAAUGGCCCGAAACAGUAUUCUGCAAACCCCGGCUUUGGUGUAUCUGCAAUGAUAAAACAUAAUCUAGAAUAUUCCAACCCACGAUCUUACAGUGAAAUUUCCGGAACUGAGCACUGUGAAGCAGUAUCUUUUGAAGUAAAUAAUGUGAAAAUAGUAGCCUUAUAUAGAUCAUGCAAAUGCCCCAACAGCGUCGCAGUGGGUUUUAUAAGUAAUUUACUGUCGCAUAAUAGUUCUUGCAUUAUAUUUGGAGAUUUUAACGAAGACUACCUUAGUAACAGCAAUACUGCAGUAUUUAAAUUACUAAAUGACGCUGGUUAUCACUCCAUGUUACAACCCCUACCCACUACUCGUGGUGGGACUCAAAUAGACAACAUUUUCUCGAACUUUCCAUGUGUGGUUGGAAUCUAUAACUCUUUUUUAGUUAUCACCGUCCUUUGUGGGCCCGUUUUUAGUGUUCCGUAA